AUGGCCGCUGCCCUUAAGGCCGCUGCUAAGGCCGCCACUGUUGGAGGCCCCACCGCCCCACCGCCGCUCAGUGGAAAGGCCUCGUUAGCUCCACCACUCACCAUGGCCGCUGCCCUUAAGGCCGCUGCUAAGGCCGCCACCAAGGCCACACCGAGCGGAACCACCAACGGCGCCAAAGCCAAGAACAGUUCCCAAAACAAUCCAAAGGCCUCCGUUCCUCUGCCUCCCGCUGCGUCCAAGUCGAAGACGCGGACGGUGCAGCCUGCAGCGGCUGCAGCACCGGCUUCGCUGCCGGGGCUGUUGCAGCCCACCUUGUUAAUUCCCCUGGAGCCGCCCGUGCUGGGGCUGGACGAGCUUCAGGUUCUUGUUGUACAGCUGGCUGACGUGUCCCCCAAGCACCAGACCUGGCUCCUUCAAGGCUGGAGUGGCAAACAUAAACCACCUUCACCGACGUCGCCGCAACAGCAACAUCUGGAGCCGGAGCCACCCAAGGUCAUCGGCUUUGAUACGGAGUUCAUUGGUGACCAGCUGGCGCUGGUGCAGCUCUGUUGCGGGGACAGAGCACUGCUGGUGCGAGUGCCGCAGCAACGCUCUGCUGCCUCCGGCACCGGCGGCAGCAACAAGGGCGGCAGCAACAAGGGGUCGAAGGGGUCCAAGGGCUCUAAAGCUGGCGGUGCCGUCAUCGUGGGCGGUGGCAGCAACAAUACGAAAUUUGCGGCCUCCUUUCCUUUCAUCUGGCCGUCAUGGCUGCAGUCGCAGCUGUGCGAUCCGUCCCUGCCCAAGGCCGGCGCUGAGGUGUGGCAGGAUGCACUUAUGAUGUUCGCUACGUUCGGAGUCAAGCUGCGAGGCGGCUUGGACCUCACUGCCGCGUUUACCUUACCAACUGAUGAUGACGGUGCUGAUGGCAAGAAUGAUCUCAACCUCCCCUCCCUGGAGGAGUUGGCCCUCGCCGCGCAGUGGGUCCUGACCUACCAGUUCCAGGAGGCAGGCGAACCCCGCCGUACCAAGCACGACUUCACUGAAGCGAACUUCAAGCAGACAAAGAAGCAGGAGCUUGUCCUGGCAGUCCGCAUGGCCCGCUUCAACACCCGUCUGCGGCGAGGCUACUGGGUGGAGAUGCGGCUGGCGGCUCCCGACGGGCGGCAGCUGGUGGGGAGGUGCAUGGAUCAGGCGGGGAAGUGCGCCACCGUGGGAAAGCUGAGAUGGGGGGGAGCAGGGGGCAACGCAGUGAAGUGGGGGGAGGUGGCGCACCUGGGGGUGCAGAGCAUCGAGAUGGAGGAGGCGGGGGAGACGCCGGAGGAGGCGGCGUGCAGCAAACUGCUGUCUGAGGUCAACGACUCCCAGCGGGCGGCCAUUGAGGCCAUCUUGUGUGGGGGGCCCCAAGGAGGAGGAGGAGCAGCAGGAGGAGGAGGAGGAGGUGUUUCGGCAGUGCACCUGGUGCAGGGACCGCCGGGAACAGGCAAGACCACCGUGAUUUCCCACACCGUGUCGCUGUGGGUUCGUGUCAUCUCCCCCUUUCUCCCCCCCCUCCCGGGAGCCGGGCGCGCCAAGGAGGCGGUGGCGUGUGUGGCACGUAGCAACGUGGCCGCCAAGAACAUCGCCCUCUCGCUGCUGAAGAGGGGGCUCGGGGCCAAGGACUUCAGGCGAGUGGAGCGGGGUUGCGUGCAUACACGUGUAUGUAUGCUGGUGGUGUCCCGGGACUAUCAUUUCGAGUGGCACGAGGAGCAGUACAAGGGAGCGCUGGAGGCCGUACUCCUCACCAGCGAUCAGCUGGGCCAGGGCGAUUUGAGUCGAAAGCUGGAGGACGUCAAGGUGUUCGUGACGACGGUCUCCAUGCUUUCCAACCCCAACUUUGAAUCGAACGCAUUGUACGGCAAGGGGCUGACGAGGCUGAUGGUCGACGAAGCAUCGCAGAUCUACGCGGGAGACCUGGUUCUGCCGCUGGUCCGGUACGGCAAUCACCUCAGGUCCCUGUCGCUGUUUGGUGAUGACGUCCAACUUCCGCCGUACGGCAGCGAGUGGGAUGGCGCGCAGCUCCACAGCCUGUUUGACCACCUGACCCCCCCCGCGGAGCGAGCCCUGGCCCGGCUCCGCCCGCAGCCCAACGCCUUCACCGUGGGCCCCCAGCUGGCGGCACCGCGGGGGUCUGGCGGCGGCGACGGCGGAGCACAGCGCAUCAUGCUGUCGGUGUCGUACCGUUUGCCAGCGUUGCUGUGCAAUUUUGUCAGCCAGGCGUUGUACGGCGGAGUGUUAACGCCACCGGGACUUGACGGCGGUGGGGGCCAUCGGACCCGGGCUUCCAGGCCUAUUCUAUGGGUGGAUGUGGAGGGCAAGGAGGAGAAGCGCGGCAGCUCCAGCUACGAGAAUCGGGAGGAAGUACGGCAGGUUGUACGGCUGGUGACGAGCAACCCCGAGAUCCAGAGGAACAGCUGGACGGUGAUCACGGGUACAUUCCAAGGUCGCGAAGACGAGGUCAUCAUCGCCAGCUUGGUUCGCUCUGAGAAGAAACUGGGCUUCAUGAAGGACGACAGAAGGGUGAACGUCAUGCUGACGCGCUGCACGCGGCAGUUGGUGGUGGUUGGCCGGCUGUCCCUCGCCUUGUCGCACCCGGCCACUCUCAUCGGUCGACUGGCGGCGUUCUGCGUUCAGCAGGGGUUGGUGGUGCGACCUCCGAAAGCACCGCAACUACCGCAACUACCGCGACCACCGCGACCACGUGCCGUCGCCUGA